UCGCUCUCACUCUUUUCCUCCGCUUCCCAUUAGCGGCUGGCUCUCCACAGCACAGCAUCCUAUUCUACGGUAGCUUCUCUCCGAGGGCGGGAGGGGGAGGAGGAAUGCCGGCUUGAGGUGUGAGCGCUAACCAGGGAAAGAGAGCUUGAAGCUUGGAUAAGGGAGCGGGGAUCACUGGCCCCUGCCAUGGAGCUGCACCACUGGGCACACACAUGCACCGCUGGAGCUCUGUAAGAGAUAAAGAGUUUGCAAAGAGACAGAGAAAAGAGUUUGACAGACAGUGAAUGAGGAGGAGAGGGGAGCUGCAGGCAAAUGAUCCAGGCAUUUGGGAGGUGAGAGGGGAAUGUUUGGAUGACUUUAAGCCAGGCACGAGGCUUCUUCCCAGGGGGCUGCAGAUGCACAGACAAGACCCUCUUUUCAUCCAGUACUGGCUCAUCUAUUGAGGAGAGGAACGUCUGCUUUUUUAAACACGGAAAGUGAAUCUAGAAGAAGACAAAAAUUACAAAAAAUUAACUUUCAACAGAAAAAUUUGGAUGUCAAGUUGGAUAGCUUUCUCUUUGACCAUGCAACCUCCUUCCCCUCUGGGAUUAGUUUUGAAUAUUCUGCAGAUUUCCAGUACUCAAGGUUUAAAAGGACUGUUUUAAGCUUCUCUGUUGCAUUUCUAUUAAAGUCUUUAGUAGAGGAGAGACAUAUAGCUGGAUCUUCCUUGACUUUGUCGGCUUCUACAGCGACAUCUGACAGUCAUCCAGCCAGUCAUCUUCCUUUUCCUGCCAAAUCAACACAGGAUUUUUCUGGACAAUUCUUGCAGCAAAGAGAUCAGCAUCAGCCCUUGCCCUCCUGUUUCACAUUUUUAUUUAUUUAUUUAUUUUAUUUUUUCUUCAUCUUUUGGUGAACGAGGGGAAACUUCCCCUCGCUGGCACCCUCCCUCCUGUGGAAAUGGCUUUCCUGGUCCGUUGCUAUGCCAACUGCUUGCAGCCGUGGUCCUCCAAACUUCCUGCUGACCUCAAUAAGAUGCACCUAACAGACCACGCCCAUCAGCAGGUGAUGCACAUGCCUCCCAGCCAAUCAGGAUGCAGCAUCGCCAGUGACUCGGGAAGUAGCAGCCUAUCAGAUAUUUACCAGGCCACAGAAAGCGAACUGGGAGAUGUGGACCUGUCUGGACUUCCAGAGGCUGCAGUGGACAGUGAGGAAGAGGAGGAAGAAGAUGAGGACCUGGAGAGAGCUUCAGAUACUCUUCUGGGCCGAGACCUGGUCCGAGAGUGUCUGGAAAAAGACCCAGCUGAUCGCAACGACGAUGACAUUGAGCAACUACUGGAGUUCAUGCACCAGUUGCCAGCCUUUGCCAACAUGACCAUGUCUGUGCGCAGAGACUUGUGCAGCGUCAUGGUGUUUGAGGUGGUGGAGCAGGCUGGCACAGUCAUACUGCACAACAAACAGGAGCUGGACCUCUGGUAUGUUAUCCUGAACGGGGCAGUCGAGAUCAGCUAUCCAGAGGGGAGAGUGGAGACUCUUUGCAUGGGCAACAGUUUUGGCAUCUCACCCUCAUUGGACAAACAGUACAUGAACGGAGAGGUUCGCACCAAGGGGGACGACUGCCAGUUCGUCUGCAUCGCCCAAGAGGACUACUGGCGUAUCCUCAACCAUGUGGAGAAGAACACACACAAGGUGGAAGAGGAGGGGGAGAUUGUGAUGGUGAAAGAGCACCGUGAGCUUGACCGCAGUGGGACCAGAAAAGGACACAUUGUCAUCAAGGGAACCCCAGAGCGUCUGAUCAUGCACCUGGUGGAGGAACCGUCAGUGGUGGACCCCACCUACAUCGAAGACUUUCUGCUGACCUACAGGACCUUCCUGUCAAAUCCCAUGGAGGUCGGCAAGAAGCUACUGGAGUGGUUCCAAAUGGACAGCCUCCGGGACACGGUAACAAGAAUAGUGCUGCUGUGGGUCAACAACCACUUCAAUGAUUUUGAAGGUGACCCGGCCAUGACACACUUCCUGGAGGACUUUGAGAAACAUUUAGAAGCAACGAAAAUGAAGGGCCAUUUGCGGCUACUGAACAUAGCAUGUGCAGCCAAGGCCAAGUGGAGGCAGAUCACUCUGCAGAAGGCGUCCAGGGAGUCGCCGCUCUAUUUCAGCGUGCAGGGCGGCAGUGAGAGAGGAUUUGGCAUCUUUGUUGAAUCGGUGGAAGUAGGGAGCAAGGCUGCAGAAACCGGACUCAAACGGGGAGAUCAGAUUAUGGAGAUCAAUGGUCAGAACUUUGAGAACAUCUCCGUCUCCAAAGCUGUUGACAUCCUUAGAAAUAACACACACCUCUCUCUCACCGUUAAAACCAACAUAUUUGUCUUCAAAGAGCUCCUAAGCAGGAUUGUGCAUGAGAAGAAAAACGGCGGCCCUCACAUUCCCAAGAUCCAGGAGAAAAAGGGCAAUCGCUUCUCCAUCCCCGACCUUCCUGGAGACAUGGAGUUCCCUACAGACCACAAGAGCACCAGGAAAAUGAAGGCCAAUACUGUGUCAGGAGGACGAAACAAGAUCAGGAAGAUGCUGGAGAAGACCCGCUUUAGUAUACUGCCUCCUAAACCUUUCAGUGAUGGUGGCAUGGGUCAGUCUCAGGACGACAGCAUUGUGGGUACCAAACAGUGUCGUCACAGCGUGGCCAUUAUGCCUAUACCCGGCAACCUUUCGUCAAGCAGCCCUGACCUGCUGCAGCCAGCCACCAGCGUCCUCGACUUCUCCAACCCCGCAGCCCUGGGACUGUACUACAUCCCAGACCAGGUGAUUCGGGUGUUCAAGGCAGACCAGCAGAGCUGCUACAUCAUCAUCAGUAAGGACACUACCGCUAAGGAUGUGGUCGCCCACACUGUCAAUGAGUUCGGACUCAUCGCAGCACCCGAGACCUACUCCCUUUGCGAGGUAUCAGUUAGCCCAGAGGGAGUCAUAAAACAGCGCCGUCUGCCCGACCAGCUCUCUAAACUGGCUGAUCGGAUUCAGCUCAACGGCAGAUACUACUUGAAGAACAACAUGGAGACGGAGACGUUGUGUUCGGACGAGGAUGCCCAGGAUCUCCUAAGAGAGAGUCAGAUCUCUCUGCUCCAGCUCAGCACCAUGGAGGUUGCUGCCCAGCUCUCUAUGAGAGACUUUGAGCUCUUCAGGAACAUUGAGUCCACAGAGUACGUGGAUGACUUGUUUAAACUAGACUCCUCAAUCGGAAGUGGUAAUCUCAAACAGUUUGAGGAGGUGAUAAACCAGGAGACCUUCUGGGUCGCCACAGAGAUCCUUAAGGAGCCCAACGCCCUGAAGAGGAUGAAGACCAUCAAACACUUCAUCAAGAUCGCCCUGCACUGCAGAGAGUGCAAGAACUUCAACUCCAUGUUCGCUAUUAUCAGCGGCCUGAACUUGGCACCGGUGGCUCGGCUGCGGAGCUCUUGGGAAAAGUUGCCCAGCAAGUACGAGAAGCUGUUUGGAGACCUGCAGGACGUCUUCGACCCGUCCAGGAACAUGGCCAAGUACCGCAACAUCCUAAGCAGCCAGAGCAUGCAACCACCCAUCAUCCCACUUUUCCCAGUGGUCAAGAAGGACCUCACCUUCUUACAUGAAGGCAAUGACUCCAGUGUAGAUGGUCUUGUGAACUUCGAGAAGCUAAGGAUGAUCGCCAAGGAGAUUAGACACGUGGUGCGGUUGACCUCAGCCAACAUGGACCCUGCCCUCAUGUUCAGACAGAGGAAGAAGAGGUGGAAGAGUUUAGGGUCUUUGAGUCAGGGCAGCACAAACUCCAACAUGCUGGAUGUGCAGGGCGGCGCCCAUAAGAAGCGAGUACGCCGCAGCUCGCUUCUCAACGCCAAGAAGCUGUACGAAGACGCUCAGAUGGCCAGAAAGGUGAAACAGUACCUGUCCAACCUGACGGUGGAGUCAGAUGAGGAGAAACACCAAAUCAUGUCCCUGCAGUGUGAGCCAUCCUACAGCACCUUGUCUAAAAACUUGAGCGAGAGACGAUCCACCAAGUCGGACAUGUCUCCAGUGUCUCUGCGGUCAGCUCUGCCCUCGGGGAAAACACAAAACAGGGUGUCACAAGUCCUUCAGGUCCAGGUCCCACUGAACCCUCUACGAAAGAAGAGCACUGCCAAGGACAUAGGCACACCUAACUCCAACUCUCCCCAGGUGGUGAAGAAACCUCCAAUGAACUCAUCAGAGGAGUGGAGCACCAAGAGACCAUCUGAUGACACCGUCUCCACCAUUUCCUCCCUUCACUCCAGCCCCACAGUGUCGCCGCAGGGCUCCCCGCGCAAAGUGGGAGGCGUGGCCAAGUCCCAGAACUCCAGCCAGAUGAACUUGUCGGGAUCUUCGUCGUCACUGACCAGCGAUGCCAGCACAAAGGCCGGCAGUGUCAGCCUGCGCAGCUACGGCAUAGGUUACACCCUCCUACCAGCCGGUAAAGCAGACAACCUGUCGGACUCAAGUCACAGCGAGAUCUCCUCCCGCUCCAGUAUCUGUUCAGUUGACUCUGUGCCUGCUCCUGGGCUCGAAGACCGGUGUACUAGCAGCAACAGGACCUGUACUACUACUUCUGCUAGUACUACUGCAUCCACUACUACGACAGCUGCUGCGGUUCCUGAGAGUUCAGCAGCAACACACGCACACUUAAAUGUUGAUUAUAACCAGCCCAGCACAAGUAGUUCCUCGUCAUUGGUUCGAGGAUACGUACCACGAGCCUCCACCUUCACCUCCUCCACCUCGACCGAGGAGCUGACCCCGGACCACACCUCUUUGGACUCCGUGGCUGACAGCGGCCGUGGCAGCUGGACAUCCUGUUCCUCCAACUCCCACGACUCCUUCCAGAGCCUCCCCACCUCCUCCUGCCGGCCCUGGGACCACGGCAUCCACGGGCAUCCGCUCUCCCUCCCGCACACACACCUGGGAGGCUUCAAGCACACGCAGCUGACCGGGCCGAUAGCAGAGGUCGAGGCCGGUGCUCAAGCGUGGGCGAGCGAGGACUCCGCCGCCAAGCAACACUCCAGAAACUCCAGCUCUGAUCUGUCCAAUCAGUCUCGGCAGAGCUGGGCGUCGUCCAGCUCACUGUCGGACACCUACGAGGGGAAUUACGGGACGAUAAAGCGGCGAAACACCUCGGAGAACCCCUCCUCGCCAACCAACGAGGAAGGAGGGCAAAGCACAGACCCUGUCUACAAAACGGUGACGUCAAGCACAGAGAAGGGCCUGAUAGUGUACUGUGUCACCUCCCCCGCCAAGGAUGAGCGUUACCGAGCUCCCCCUCCCACCCCUCCAGGCUACCAGGGUCUGGCUCUAGGGGAUCUCGGCCUCCCAGAUGGAGUAGUAGGUGGGCCAGGAGGUAUCAGACCUCACCUCAGACCUCCAGACUACAGCGUGGCCCUCCAGAGGAGCAAACUCUUGCAGAGCCCUGGAGCGGCCGGCAGUCUGGCUGAGGCACGGAGGCUGGCUGCUAACCAUCAGCUCCACCACCAAGAGGCUCGGACAGGGGGCUCCAUGCAGGGCCACUCCAGACCGCCCAGUAUCUGUGUCCCACCACAGGAGCUGGCUGACAUUGAGGAUGAUGAACAAGUGUCGGCGGUGUAGAGACGUGACCUCACACUCACACAUGCACAUAUUCUCACACACGGACCAAGUCGUGUUGAUUGGGCUUUUGGACUAAGCUAGCAGCCUGCCAUCAUCACGUAUCAGAGCACAUUCUCCAAACACCCCCCCCCCCCGCCCAAAGCCCUGUGUGACAUCGCCAUGGACCAUAAUGCACCUGCGGACCAGAGCAGUGUGUCACGUCACCUCACUCCGCCUCCCAGGACUUGUACAAUCAUCUCUUUUUAAACCCAUUUCACAAAACAAAGAAGAAAAGAAAGAUUUUAGAUAGUUUUUAAAAACUUUUGAACAAAGGAAAAAAAAGACAGUGUGAUGGAGUCACAUCGCUGUAGAUGGCCGUAAAUAUAAAGGACAAAUUAAAGAAGGAAAGAGUGACAAUAACAAUGUCUCAUGAGAAGAAGUCAGCCUCCUUGGAAACAGACCACCAUGUACCUCCAUUUUGCGCUCCAAGCUCUCUUGUCUAAAGGUGUUUCACGUUGUUUUUUACAGUUUGAACAUGUUGUACAGUGAUUUUUUUUUUUUUUUGUAAAAGCAUUUUUUUCUUCUUUUCAUUUGCAUCUCUGAGCUUUGUAAAGUUUUUAUGUGAGAAUAGUGAGGUGGAGCAGACAAAGGGGAUAGAAAGAUGUAGUCAGUAGUGUGAGUAUUAUAAAUCACUCGUGGGGGAUUUUUGUUUUUGUGUUUGCUGUCAGCUCAAAAGAAGAUGAAUGUACAUAAACAAGAGACAGGAAACAUUUUGGCCUCUAUCAAACCCUGGCACUGAUGAUGUAAAUUUACACAAAUAACAUCAGUUCCAACGAAAAAUAAACCAAAUGCACAAGAAAACAGCUACGAAACCAACUUUAUUAAUCCGGAUACUUAGACUUUUGACUGUGUUUGAGGUAAGGAAAGCCCUCAGGAGCCACAUAGAGCCCCUCAACAUAUUAUUCACUCCUCUUUCUAAAAGAGAAAUUAAACUCCUGAAGUAAGAGAGAGCCUGUGUCUGUUACUGGACAUUGCGGAGCUUUAUAGAUGGAAAAAAAGUAUCACUCAGGCAGUUCUCUCUGUCUUCAUGUCGCGCUCUCCACCACCCAGUCACCUCUCUUAUUGCUCGUUCAGUCUGAUGCGAGGUACUUUAGCGGCAUGCUGCCUCCUGGAUGUUCCAUAAAAAACUGUAUUAUAACUUGUUUUUAAUGAGCUGAAGAACAAAUGCCUCGCUGCUUCCUGUAGAGUAAAAACGUGUGUCGUUAUUCUAUUGCAGCAGCUAUAAUAAAACGAUAAAUUAGCACUGUGUGGCCACACAACGUGCAUGCAUUUACACACACACACACACACACACCAAAAUCUUAGUUGGUGUGCAUAAAGACAAAGGACAGUGUUUACACCGAAGCUUACACGUUUUGUUUACAGUGUUUAUUAGACUAGUUGUCUAUUGAAUUACAAGCUGAAAUGUUAAAGUAUAAUGCUCCAGGUUCAUUUGACCUUGUAAAUUUGUUUAUAUUGCAGCAGGAAUAUGAGAUGCAGCAUAAAAUUUGACUAUGUGCUCGCAGUGUACCUCUCGUAUCGGUUUUUUGCUUCUUAUUUAAAAAGAACGAGCAACAAAACAAGUCAAAAGAUAAUGUAUUUUAAUGCCUGGCUUGCAUCUCCAUUCCAUGUUCAUAGUACAUUUUGUAGAAUAUUUAAAGGAUUUGCUUGAAAAUUGUUUAUUUGUAUUGAAAACGGAAGCAAAUUUGUACAUUCUGAGAAAUGUUUUGGAAACGGAAAAAUUUCUUUUUAAUUGUGUUUUAUCUGCAGUGCAGCAGGGGUGUAACUGGAAUUAGACGUUCUUCUGCUUUCUGUCUCGCGCUCUGUGAUGCUUCUUUCAUAUUGUUUUGCCACACAAAGACUUGAAAUGAUUAAUGCUAAUAUAUACAUGGCAUAUAUAUGAAUUUAUACAUAUAUAUUUUUGUUGUUUCUUUGCCAUAAAUUAAUGUAUAGAUGAGAGAAGAGAGUCCUCUAUAAAGGCUAUUUUUGAAUAUUUUGUUAUAAGAAAUAAUCCAAGGUUGUGAUUGCCCUGUUUCUGUCUUUGGGCAGGAGUCUUUUAAGGAAUUAGUUCUUGUCAUUGUUCAUGACUUGUUUUCUCCUCUCACACUCUGUUGUUGGUGCCAUUUCUGCUCUGUCUAUAGUUGUAAUUGCUGCUGUGGUUUGGGAUAUGACUGUGUGUGUGUGUGUGUGUGUGUGUGUGUGUGUGUGUGUGUGUUGAGGAAUUAUAUUUGCAAAAUAGCGAUCAACAUAGCAUUUUUUAAAAUCCAAAUUUGGAUCAGUCUUGGCGUUCAGCACAUAAGAAAAAGGCUCAGAAGUCAGUUUCAAUAAAAGCCCUUCUUAGUUCGCAUCUUUGAUCGCUCCUGCCUGCAGAGAAGUGGGGCCCUUUGGGAUCGGUUUCAUGGCACGAGGCAAGUUCAUUCAAACUCAGACUGGGUGAUUGAAAGGAGGUUUUUUUUGAUGCUAUAAAUCAUCAUUUGAAUUGAACAGAACAAGCCCCGUCACGAUGCCAUCUCUAAUACCGUCUCUCAGCCCUAUCAUCUCAGCGGCACUAUAGACUUUCAACCUCACUGUACUCGUCUGAUGGAUUUCCCUGAAUCCACUGUGACCCUCCCCCUUUUUUUCAUUUUUAAAAUAAUCUCAAUGAUAGACAACUUUGAAACAGACUGAGAGUCAGAAACUGACAAUUCCUCUCUUUGUUUUUGCACAACUGUAUUCCUCAGAUUAUUAACCAUAAAUCAGUAUUAAUGUUCUGCAUGGGUGAUUUAAAAAAAAAAAAAAAAAAUAGAAGCAUAUAAGAGUAGGCCCAGAUGUUAUAAAUGGCACCGAUUUUCUUCAGAGGAUGUUAUAUAUAUUUUUACCUGCUUUGAAAUGUUGGAUUGAGAGCGAAACAGCAGGCGCGUUGGUCUUUCCAUCAAGGUUGUUUCCUAGCGUGAGCUCUAUAAGCACUCCAAGACAAGAUGCUACAUUUUAUUUUUACUUAGUUUUUAUUUCAGGGCUAAAUUUUCAUUUAGCAGUAACCACCUCUUCUCCUACUCUGCAUACAGUAGAUAUUUUUUCAUGGAGGAUCUGGCAGUGAGCAGCUCUUGGCACUGUGAACAAAACAUGUCAAUGUUUUUAACAACAAAACCGCAGAGGAUGAACAUCCCCUCUCUCACAGCUUGAUGAAAUGAUCUGGCUGAUUGUGAUUUUAGCCCCCUCGUGUCCUGCCGUGUUACCUGGAAUGCAAUAAGAGAGAUGUGAAUGUGUUUUAUGUAGACAUCUUUUGGCAUUACAGCAGAAAUGCACAACAAUAAGCUUAAACGUGGUGAGUGUGCUGCACAAUCUGUACAAAGAGGUAUUAACUUGGUCUGUGGCUUAAAGUUUGCUUUCGUCUCACACUUCUCAUAGCUGUUGUAACUUAUGUCUUUUAGAAAGACAACAUGAUUUUGCUCGUACGCUUUUUAUGUAUUUUUUACGAGUGAUUGUAAAUAGUUGUUAUAUUUUUGUUUAAGAGAAUGUUUAAAAAGGAAAAAAAUACCUUUUAUUUCUCCAAGUCUACUGAUAUGAAUUUGGACAAUGAAUAAAAUGUUAAGCAGAAA